AUGCACUUGUCCAGCAGUGAAGUGGUAAGCAUCGAAGGCCCUUUCAAGUCGGCUUAUCCUUACGCUGGACCCCCUGGCACGGCCGUAAAUCUUUACGGCGACACGACGUGGCGGUUGCAGUACUCUGACUGCCCAGCAAAGACGUGGGGCGAUAUAGACUGCGUGGGGAGCAUCACCUUUGGUGACUACCUCUGUCGCCAGGACCCUUCAACGAACGACACAGGAAUUACCUUUAAGUAUGGCACCCAGCGUUACGGUUCAAACCUGUACAUUCUCGGAUGCACUUUACCGACACCGGACGCAAAUAACAACCAGCCUGCAAUCGGCACUGCCAACAACUUGAACAUCUCAAUCCACUUUGAGGCAAGCAUGCGCGGAGGCAUGCCACGCCCGCUCCGGUACUCCUACCACUACACGACGGACGGGACGCCAUACCAGUUCCAGCUGUACCCCGAGGUGACAGGCUUGUCUCCUGCAGUGGGCUCCAACGCGGGUGGCACGCUGCUGCGCAUCAGCGGCCGUGGGUUUCCUGACCUUGGCUUGGGUCUUGGCGACACCGCCAACGUCUCCAUCUCGGGCGUCCCGUGUUCCGUGGUGAACAGCACGUACGAUACGAUUUUCUGUGUCACUGGUCCAAAGCCCGCCUAUACUUCGCUGGCCUCGAUCCCCGCCAAUGGCCUGUAUCCCGGCAUGCGCGGCGUGGAAUACGAGUUCUACAACAUGACGCAGACCAUUAGCUAUGGAGAUCUGUGGAGGCUGAAUAAGACCAUCUUGCUGAACAACACGUCUGGCAGCGGCUCUUACCGGACUAUCCUCAAAGGCGCAAUGGAAAGCAUCCAUUAUGAGACAUCAAAUCACUGCACCCGCCUCAAGGCAUUUUUCGUCGCUCCACGCACAUCAACCUACACAUUCUACCUGUCAGCUGACGAUUAUGGCCAGCUGAACGGGACUUUUGUCAACCAAACUGGAGUUGUUGUGACCAAGACGCUAAUCGAGCUCACGUCGUACACGUACCUCGACAACUAUGCUAUGCGGUCAACCCAGAAGGCGCUGCCACUGGCCCUUAUGGCCGACCAGCCUAUUUUGUUGGAGACAGCGCAUUGCAAUGUAUGGGGAAGCGGCGCGCUGCAAGUCGCUGUGCGCAUGGAGGUGCCUAAGCCCCAGGCGAAUUCCAUGGUGGAGCGUCAGACAAUUACUGUCAGCUCAGUCCUCGUUCCGCGCUCGUUGGCCAUCAAGUAUCUGUACGGUGCUGGCGCUGGUACGAUGGCGUUUACGGUGAACGUAAUAUCGACCGAUAACUCGAAGCUUGACAGCGCUUCCCUUGGCUUGGAGCUCACGUUCAAUUGCACGGUCGGGGCCCGGACUGUAGUGCUGCCACUGCUGGCGACUGGUCUGGAUAUGACCGCUCUGAUUGAGGUAGCGUUCGGCGGCAAGUACAGCCUGGGCAGCAAUGGCACCAGCUUUGGCGUUUACAAGGCCCGCACUCCGGGGCUGCUCACGGUGCAAAUCGGCAUUGAUGCAGGACGUGCUAGCACACUGGGCUUCACGGUCACUCUAGCGCGGCUCGUGGUGAUGCCCGCGCCUGCACCCUACACCUCCGUGUCGUGCGGUGGUGCAGCAAACAACCAAACCGCCCCGACACGCCAUCUUCUGGCCGCUACCACGGACGUGAACAUUUCUACCGGCGGUAUGGUAGUUAUCCUCGAGCAGUCGCGGCCCGUUACGGCAGUGAUCCCUGGCGGCUUUUUUCAGCUCCGCCUUGCUAACCACGCGGACGCUGUAGUUCUGUCGUAUGACACAAAUACCACCAUCAUGUGGUCCGCCAUCCGCAACCUGACGUCGUUAGACAAUAUCGUGGCGAUUAACAGCGUGCGACGUGAGGGCGCCUUCCUGGCGCGCGUAUGGAAUGUGACGUUUGCUAUCAGCGCCUUCAACAAUGUGCCGGACCUUGUGGUGGAAACCAAUGAUCGCACCCCUGAUGGCGUGGAAAUGGGCAUGGAAGUGCACAUCGCCAACCCGCCUGUAACCGGCACCUUUUGGGUAGCCUUCGGUGAGAAUUGUGGUUCCGUGGAGAUCGAUGUGACGGAUGUGUCAGAGGCGAUACGCCUCAAGUUAGCCAGCCUACCUGGCAUGGCGGCGCCGCAGAGUGUCGUGGUCUCCGGCGGACCAGCCUAUGGCUACACGUAUACCGUCUACUUUGACCCUAUCGGCAACCCCGGCGACCAACCAAUGCUUAAGGUGACAGACAUUUCCGGCCUCAGUGGCAUUGGUACCAACGCCAGCGUGGUUACGGAUGAGAAUGGUUCCACUGACGCCUUCUACGCGCCCAUCCCGACGGAGUUUCUGCGCCUGGCUGUUUCGCAACCCGGGACCAUCAACUUGCAAGUCAACGGCGUGCCAUCGGCUUGUGCGGAUGCAAGCGGCAUCUGUGGGUUUUUGUACUCUGAUGCUGCCACCCCACGCAUCACAGGCGUAUCACCAACUAGACUCGCAUUCAGCAGCCAGGCGAGCUUGCCCCUUACCAUUACUGGUUCUGGUUUCAGCAGUGGCCCCAGUGUGGAGGUCCGAGUGGGCACGGCGCUGUGCAAUGUGACAUCAGUCACUGCGACCCAGAUCACCUGCAACGUCCCAGACACGGCGCCUGCUGGCGUCCGGCUUGUUUCAGUGAACGUGGCUGGCCUGGGGUUCGCGGACGGCGCUCCAAAUGUCACACUGGAGACGCUCUACGUGACGGGCUCUGCACCCUCGCCGGCCGUACUGUCCUCCGCGGGCAUAUCGGUGCUGAACUUCACAGGCAAGGGUUUCGACUACGUUGAUUGCGCGAACAAUAAGUUCAGUAUUGCCAACGUGUCAUGCGGUGUCGUCGCCUGCGGCGCACAUUUCCUCACGGUGGCCUAUCACGGCAACGGCAACGCUGACGUGGCAUCUGCUAGUGUCACUGCGGAAGUGUAUGAAGAUAGUUCCAUGAUUGACUGGGAUAUACCGCCGAGCGUCCAAGUCCAGAUUUCCCAAUCUGCUUCAUCCAUCAGCGGCCUCUCUCCUGCUCACAUGCCUGGCUGUGGGGGCGUGAUUACAUUGUCUCUAACGGGAACAACUGCCAGCCAGGUGACGUCGGUGUUCAUGGUGCCUUUCAUCUCCUCCUUGCUUAACUAUACCGAGGCGUCGGCAGCUUACAAGGCCCGCGUGGCAUGCACUGACGUCACAGCAGGCAGCUCAGGCACCUUGACCUGCACAAGCCCGGCCUUGCGCAGUGGCCGCUACCACACCCUUGCUGUUCUCUCCUCGGGCUUGCAGCUAUUGUCGACCGAUACCAUCCUUUUCGAGCUCUUCAUCACCAGCGUCUCACCCAAUCUGGGAAGCAUUGGUGGCGGCACCCUCGUAACCAUCACAGGUUCGGGUUUCAGUCCACUAGUUGCGGCCAACGCUGUAUUCAUGGCAGUACCCGUGUCCAGCACUUUCCUCAACGGGAUCAUCGAGUGUGUGACGGAGUCGGUUACAACUACGACACUCACAUGCAGAACCCUCCCCAGCAUGGCUGCUAACGCCGAUGCGGAUGACCCGAGGGCUACCAAAGUCAUGCCUGUCGCCACGCAGCCGAGGCUCGUGUCGGUUGUGAUUUGCGACCCUGGCUAUAACACAACAAUCCUGAGGGGCUACUGCUGGUCACUACCCGAGACACCACGUGCUAACUGCGCGGCAAGCGACGCCUCACUAUGCAGCUUUGGGUACGUUGGUGGUGCGUUGGGUUACGUUCAUUGCUUGUCACCCGGCAAUUUUUUGCUGUCCCAGGCUAUCUCACCCAGCCGCGGUUACUACGGUCACAGCGUCAAUUUAGGUGGAACGUACAUGGAUGAUGUUAUAAAUGUGCAAUUCCUUCAGGACAAUGUCGUCAAAGGACUGGGAAGCAGAGUGUCUGCUGGGUACAGUGGCGUGACGUGUCUCGUGCCCGACCUGCUCCCCGGUGUUUACAAGGUUUUAUUGCUGAAGGCCAAUGGCGAGAUGUCCGUGGACCCGUAUAAAAUCGGUAUAUUCACGUACCAUGCGGUCAUCGCGGGCUUGGAGAACGACGUCGGGUCUCUAACGGGGGGGCUGCAGUUGGGCAUUACGGUUGGUGGUGCAGGCCUGGCGGAGAGCGCCGGCGACAAUCAGGUCACAAUCGCAGGCUUGACGUGCCCAAUUUUAUCCAAGGAGAACCGCACGCACCUCACAUGUCAGGCGCCGGGCAUAAAUGGUUACGUGUAUGCCGAGUACUGGAACCUAGGCUACAACACAAACUCAAUGCCGGACAUCAUCAGCUUUACAGAUCCUCUCGUCGCACGCCUGGAGAAGGGGUUGGAUCUCGCGUGGAAUGGCAGCUCCCCGGUCCCAGGCACCAUUCAGUCGGACUACUUCGCGGCCCGCUUCACUUUUUACUAUCAGAUAGCCCAAACGGAGAAUGUGACGUUCCGAUUGGAUUCAGACGACGAGUCCCGCCUGUACGUGGACGAGCAGCUGAUCGGCUCUUGCUGGAAUAACCUUAACGUGUCCUUGGCGGCCGGGGUGCACAAGAUUGUCACCACGUUCGUCGAGUACUCGGGCUGGGCAACAGUGAAGUUACGAGUGAUGCUCACCCGGGCUGAUGGCACAAUGGGACCACUGUCUACUGUGGAAUGGCAGAAGGUCACGCCUGUGCCACCUGGCGAAGCUUUGCCGGUGGAGCUAACGGUCAGUGGAGUGUCCUCGGACAAGUGGUGCCCCACUUCAACCAAGAUUCUGCAGCUUCCAGGCCAGCCAGCACUGUCGUGGGAACCUCCGCAGGUUACGGUGCCUUAUGGGACUUGCGGCUACAUUUACUCUACGUACCGAACGCCGUCACUGUCGAUAUUGAGCGGGAUCACGUACAGUGGCAUCAUGCAGCCCACCUUUAACAGCACCAACACAACCUUGAGCAUCUUUGGCAAUUUCCUGACGGACCCAAGCCUACCCGCCGCGUCCCAGAUCAGCGUCACUCUGGCCAACCGGCUGUGCAGCAUUGUUGGUGUCGCACCGGUGACGGUCAACGGCACCAACACAACCAAUAUCAACUGCACGGCGCCCGCCUUGCCGGCUGGGCAGUGGCCUGUUAGCAUUAUGGUUGAGGGCCUGGGUCUUACACGCCCCACAGCGACAGCUGCGACGGACUUGCCAAUCGUGACCUAUACGGUCAGGGUUCUUAAUUACACCUUCAACAACCCCAACUCCAAGUGCUAUUUCUCCCUGUUUGGUGGCGGCACCUUCAACAUCACCGGGUAUGGGUUUGUGAAGGACUUGGUCGAUACGACACUUCAAGUCAACAUGACGGCUGCUUGGGAAACCGUCUUUUGUGGCUCAGGCUUUUCGAACUCGCCACCGUGCCAGGCUGUCAACUCGUCACGCCUGAAUCUUGUGCCGCUGGCAAGCGACGGCUUCACUGCAUCAUUUGGGCUGACACGCUUCAAGGUGCCUAAUCCUGAAGCCUUUGCCGGUAACAACAGUAUCAGCGGAGUCAACUUGCGGUAUAAGCCGCGGGUGUAUUACACGAGCAACGGCACAUACGCUGCGACUGCGGGCGCUGAGCUCCUCUACUUUUGUGGUGGCCGCACGCCCGCCCUGUCUGGCGUGACGCCGUUAUCUGCACCACCCGACGCUGGUGCAACCCUGUCGCUGACCUGGUACUUAUCGGGAGUUGGCACGCUAAACAACAUUAUCACGGCACCGGCUGCCAAGAACGGCGCCAGCAAUGCCACGGUUGAGUUUGAGGUCGGGCCGACGGUGCUUCCCUGCCGCAACCCAGUUGUCACGGAUUUCAACAUCACCAGCACCACCUAUCGCGAGGCGAUUUCCUGCACCAUGCCUGCUUACAUGCCGGCCGCGACGUAUACGCUAUGGCUGUGCAUCCAGCCUUUUGGCUGCGGUCUUUUGCCUGCUUACACUGUACCCCUGACCAUCACUGCUAUGUCUGCAACUACUGGCGGGAGUGCUGGUGGUAUUACCGUGGUCAUUACCGGCAAGGGGUUCGAUACCAACACCACGCUUGUAUCGGUGCGCUUUGGCAACAGCACAUGCAAGGUUAUCAGCAGCGCCACUACAUCGCUGACCUGCGUUACCGGUCCCCUGGACACCAAGCCAGUGAGCCCAGUGACGUGGCCGUUGUCAAUUACGCCCACUGCCGGCACCAACGAGACCACCCUGUCGAGCUUCACUUUCACUUUUGACCCAGCCCUAGAGUCGACAGUGAGCGGCAUUGUCCCGGCGCGCGGCUCCACUGAAGGUGGCACACCCGUCACUAUUACGGGCGCAGACUUCCGUACCGGCGUGAGCACCACUGUCAGCAUUGGCGAUGUCGCUUGCCAGUCGGUUGUGGUCGUCAACAGCACCGCCAUCACCUGCACUACCGGUAAGCCGCCCAACAGCAUCCUUCGAGUUCCGCUGCCGGUGACGGUGCUGCAGCAGGGCCGUGGCUAUGCACGCAGCUCGGCUCAGUACCAGUACAUCGACGUGUGGAGCCGCAACAGCACGUGGGGUGGUGGACCCCUGCCCGGCUACGAGGACUCGGUCGUAAUUCCAGCUGGCGUGACGGUCCUCCUGGAUAUCAGCCCGCCGAAACUUUAUGUGAUUGUCUUGGAAGGCAACCUAGUUUUUGAUGAUACCAAGGACUACAUUAACCUGCAGGCUCACUACAUCAUUGUUAAGGGGGGCAAUUUCACCAUUGGUAGCGCAGAGAAGCCCUACCCCGGCCGCGCCAACAUCACCAUGCAUGGCAUGCCUAAUAGCCUGGAUCUGCCGCAGUAUGGCGCCAAAGCGCUGGGUGUCCGGACCGGCAUCGUGUCAUGGUAUGGACAGCCCAAGAUCCCGCAUUACACCAAGCUGAGCCAGACGGCAAACCCAGGAGAUACCAGCAUUGUCGUCAACGGAGCCAUAAAUUGGCAGGUUGGCGACCGCAUCGUCAUCGCCAGCAGCAGCUUCUUGCCUUAUGAGGUGGACGAGUCAACCAUCACAGCCCUGGAUAACACGACUGUUCCCAGCUGCACCGUCAUUUCCUUGGAUGUGCCGCUGAAGUAUACACACAUUGGCGAAAUUCAUAGCCAGGAAGAUGUUGCAAGGCCUCUGGACAUGCGCGCUGAGGUGGCGGUGCUCACACGCAACAUCGUGUUGCAGGGGGAUUACACUAGUGCCAAGUAUCAGUACGGUGUGCAAGUGAUGGUGAAUACGCCGUCCUACCUACCUAAGGGCGUGGUGCGUUUUGACAACAUUGAGAUCACGCAGUCCGGCCAGGCUUUCCGCCUGGGACGCUACUCCAUGCACUGGCACCUCAUGGGAGACAUGGCAUGGCAGACAUGGGUUCGUGGCUGCGCUAUCCACCACACAUACAACCGUGCUAUCACCGUGCACGGCACGCACCGCGCCAUCAUCCAGAACGUCACGGCGUACCAUACCAUGGGGCACACGUUCUUCCUGGAGGACGGUAUCGAGUCGAGCAACCUGAUUGAAGGCACCUUGGCUAUUUACGUUAGAGUGUCGGAUGCGCUACUUAACACGGACACGACACCAGGCGCCUUUUGGAUCACUAAUCCCAACAACACCGUGCGUAACAAUGUGGCCGUCGGCUCCCAUGGCUACGGCUUCUGGUAUCGCAUGCUGGACUACCCCGACGGCCCUUCUGCAACUACGACCAUCUGCCCCAAGUUCACGCCUCUAUUGGAGUUCACCAACAACACCGCCCACUCGAACCAGUUUUAUGGACUGCGUAUCCACCCAGAGUUCUACCCGCGUAACGUACCCUGCACGGGCUUUAGCGGCAUUUUCCAGCAGGUUCCCGCGGUAUUUAAUGGGCUUGUGGCCUACAAAAAUGGUGUCAAAGGCGUCGUGGCUGGGCAGGUGGGCCUUGUCCAGUUCGUCAACAUGGUACUGGGCGAUAACGGCGGCGGCCCCAAGCAGCAUUCAAUUAGCGGCAAGGACAACGGCGCCUCCAUGGAGAUUUCAUGGGUGGUGGACGACCGCAAUCGCUACGACGUUAAGCUCGCCGAGAUGGCAGGCUUUCAAAACUGCACCAUUUACGCGCAAACCAGCACGGGCAUGCAAGGCACAGCAGGCCAGUGGCCAUCCAGCCGCCGUAUUACGGCCAUCAUCUCGCAGAGUCCCGUGCAGGGCGAUUCCAAGCAUUCUGCUCUUAUGAGUAUGAUUAACAUGACGUACGUGGAUUUCACCGCCGACAAACCUGGCUUUUCGGUGUUGGAGGCGUGUGGCAAAUGCAAAACCUACCAGGGUGGUGCUACCACCUUCACCGCUAAUACAACCUUCAUACAGAGCGAUGGCACCAAGCCAGUGCUAUCGUUAUGGAGCUGGGGCCACCAAGGCAUUUUCCUUGACACGGAUGGAACCAUGCUUAACGCCAAAUCGCUGCCUGAUUCACUGUUGCCCGACCCGUUUGGUAAUUGGACGCUGGGUCCCGGCGCCACCUGGCACUCUGCCGUUGAGAACGAUUUGUUUGACCCCAAGGAGUGUGUCUAUGUGCGGGACAUGUUUACGAGCAACAACGGAGCAUAUUGCAGCCCCGCUUUGACAUUCCGCCGCGUUAUGCUUCAUAACCACGGCCCAGAGGCGCUUAAGUAUAAGAACCUGAACGUAGUGUCGCUGGCCACCAACCGCACCUCGGUCGUGCAUUUCUCGGGUUACAAUGAGGACGGCUACCAGUUCACCACCGCCACCAACCGUAAUUAUUGGCUUACCUGGGACAUGGUGUUAUACCGCUUGGACCCCGAAUAUUACCAGCUGCACAAGAUGGACCUUAUGAAUGGCUCGGACUUUGUGUAUUAUAGCAGCAAGUAUAUCCAGGUCAAGGACCACUUCACUGUCAACAACGCCCUGAGCAACCGCACUGCGGUUCCUCUUGCUCUGCCCAACACAACUCAUGGUGACUCCUUUUACAACAAGACCUUCAACCAGAAUUCUUGGUGGUGGAGCAAUCGCACCUAUAACGACACCAAAUUUACUAUUUUUCUUAAUGGCCGUAUUGACGGUGGUCUUUACGUCCAGUCCUAUACGUGCCCCGACACGGGGUGCACCGAUUUGCCAGAGGUCGUCGUGGACGUCCGCGACGGCACAUUGUACUGGUCUAACACGAGCACCUGGAACACGAGCGCCGUGAACAACUUCCGCAAACCAGUAGCUGGCGACAAUGUGACCAUUCCGUACGGCUGGGACCUGGUCAUUGACGAGUCACCACCGCCGCUGCUGGCGCUGACCGUUCAGGGCAACUUACGCUUUGACACCACGCGGGACAUCAACCUGACCGCUACCUAUAUUAUUGUCAUGGGCCAGGGUGUGCUGAGCGCUGGCAGCGCCACGGAGCCGCACCCCGCCAAGGCCACUAUUCGGCUGAAGGGUGCUCGCGACACACCCGACUAUGGCAUUGAUAAUAACCUUAACUUGGGCUCCAAGGUGCUGGCAGCUCUUUCAGGAGGCACAAUCAACCUGUACGGCCGACAGGUGGCAAAGCGCUGGCUCCGUCUCGGCAGCCGUGCCUCACCCGGGGACAUCACCAUCACCAUGUCGGACCCCAAUCACGGCUGGAGUGUCGGUGAUAAGAUCCUGAUCAGCUCCACCUCAUUCAGCUGGAAGCAGAGUGAGAUCCGCACAAUUGCCAGCGUCCUCAAGAACGGCUCCCAGCUGCUGCUGGACUCGCCGCUGGCCCACCCCCAUGGGGCGCGGGUCAAAGCUUAUCCCGGCGGCCCCACCGUGGAUAUGCGCGCGGAGGUUGGCCUGGUCUCUUCCAACGUCCUCAUUACUGCGGAUGAUGGCGAGAGUACCCACUCGUACAAUGGAGAAAUGUUCGGUGCACGCGUAGUGGUUUCGGGCAACUCCACAGGCCGCUUUGACAACAUCGCCAUGGAGUACUGUGGCCAAGGCGGCCUCUCAAACCGUUCGUGCAUCUUCUAUGACCGGAUGGCUUCCGUAAAGUUAUUUAACAAAGACAACAUCACCAACACAACAUCACAGGUUACGGUCCCGAACCCCAGCUUCCUGAAGAACAGUGCAUUGGUUUGGGGCAUGCAGUCCAACGUGCGUAUCGGUGGCGAACCAGAGCAAGCAGACCCUGUCAGUAUCACCAACAACGUCAUGUAUGAAGCCCUCGACAUUCAUAGCGUGGAGGUUUACACCACGCAAAAUAUCAUCCGCGGGAACUUGGUAAUCGGCACGAUCAAGGACAUGUCGGGCAAGAGCGUGUUUGACAUCGCCAUGCCAUCGUCCUUCUUCAUUUCGAACGCUUCGAACUGGGUAACGGACAACGUGGCCGCCGGGGCGGAGCGCUAUGGCUACACGUACUUCGGCAUCCCGUGCGGCGCCAAUUUCACGACUGGGGUGUUCCGCAACAACACCGCUCACGGUUGCCUGGCGGGCCUAUGGCUGCAAGCCAGCAGCGACUCGAGCCGCGAGGGUUGCACGGUUUUGCGCAACUUCACCACGUACAUGAAUUGGGACUUUGGCAUCAUCUCGACGCGCGGCAUCACCACGAAUGUUGUACUGGAAGACGUCAACGUCCUGGACAACAAGCACGCAGGGAUCCACCUGAUGUAUAAGGGUGGCCUGACCGAUAAUGGCGCCAUGUGGUGGUAUGGUGGCCUUAUUGCGGGUCAGUCGAGCGACGACGUCUGCUCCGUCUGCACCACAUUGUCGGAUCCCGGCUGCCACCCUAAGAUGUCCAUCCAGUCGUUCAACCAGUAUGAGCCCUUCUCGCCAGCGGUGGGCCUGCAGGCGUCACAAUUUGCGAUUAAUUUCUACGAUGGGCCUGAGAAGAAGCCGUGGGAUAAGGCGAAGAGCUACGCCAUUGUGCAUGGCAUGUUCAACAUCACAGGUGUCACACUGGCGGACUUCCUGGGCCCCGGGGGAUGUGGUGGCGCGCAGACGGGGACGUAUGCCCUGGCCAACCAGCCCAAGGCCCCGGAGACGUUCUAUCCACACUUCUUUUCCAACAUGAAUGUCGUGAAUGUGACCAAAGGGCCCAGCCAGGGCAUGUUCUAUCACACCGGACCUGAUCCCGGUUGGCGUGGCGAGCUCUGCGGUGAGGCGAACUACACGCGCGAGGAUGGUAGUGUGAUUAUGCUCACCUGCGCCGGUCCCAACCACGUUCAUUGGCGCGACCUGGAUGGUUCGCUUUUGGGAGAUGUGGGCAGCGUGUCCGGCUACUUCCAAGACGGCCCGCGUGUUUUCCCCAUGGAGCAGGGCACGCCCGUUGUACCGGGGCCAUGCACAUAUGAUCCCAUACUCAGGUCGUACGGCUGCGUCCAGGGCUCAUCCUCGUUCUUAUUGGAUGCUCCCAUGAAGCCUAAGCCCAUACCGGCUGACGGAAUUUGGGGUGAUCCACAGUAUUUUGUGCUCGAGAGCCGUGACAAAGACAGCGAGGAUCGCAACUUUGGCCCUGUAUUCUUCAACGUGUCUGGAUCAAUCGACCUGGUGACGGUGCAGAUGGAUCACGGCUGCUGCUUUACAUACAAGUGCCAGAAACGUCUGUCGACCUUUGCUACUUACGUACCCAGCGGCCAGACAGUGUACAUUAACUUCACAGGCACGCCUUCGCAAAUCUUCCGUCUAUGGCUCCCGUACGCUGAUCCGGACAAGGAAAUUGUCGUGGUAAUCAAUUACCUUUACACUAUGAACCGUCGCUUUGUGGUCCUGCCGGGUGGCGUGUCUAACGUUACGGGUCGCAUCCCGCCCGAGGCAUCAGCGCCCACGAUUGGCGACGGGAAGGGCCACGGCGCGUACUACUGGGACCAGUUUAACACGCUCAUGCAUGUAAAGAUGACGGGCGGCAAGCAUCUGGAAAUCCGGACAGAGAAUGCGGUGCAGAUCUCCCAAUCGUUCGCGCUCACGGUGGACCAGUUUUAUGAUAUCAAGGAGUUGUUCCUGAAGAACCUUGCCUACGCCAUGAACAUUUCGAUGGACCGUAUCUAUAUUGUGAAGGUGGUGCCGGGCACGGUCACCGCUACCAUUGCUAUAGCGCCUGCGGUGCAGGAUGUUUCUGAGCUCACUAUUGCCGAUGCCCUCGACGCGGGUGACCCACUUCCGACAGUGCUGCCGCCCGCCGAGCCACCUGUAGUCCUGACUGACGAGGACAAGAUAAAUCUGGCCUCCAUGGGUGACAAUGCACCGCAGAAUUUAACAUGGAGCACCCUGCUCGUGUUGCGGCAACUGUGGGCGCUGUUUGACACGUACACAUCGGUGGUAAAUUCAGUCGCUCAAGGCACCCCCGGUUUGGAAGGGGUUGUGCUGGGAGCGCCGACGGCGUACAUACCGAGUCUUGAAACGCUAGAGCAAAUGUUUCCGAACACAACAAUACCGUCUUCUACUCCUAGUUCCCCGCCGCCUUCAUCGCCGAGCCAGGGUGAAGUAAUUCCCGUCGAAAAUAGUGGCAAUGCAGGAAGCACAGGUAGUAAUACAGGCAGUAACACUGGCAGCACUGGUGGCAGUGGCGCGGGCGCGGGUUCGAAUAAUGGCGACGACAAAGCUGGGAUGAUCGCUGGAGCUGUUCUCGGCGGCGUCUUCGGUGCCUGCCUAAUUGCAGGUGCCGUGAUGUUUGCCAUUAUUGCGGCGCAACGCCGCAAGGCCAAGCGCCUGCGGCCCGUAUCUCCGGCGCGCAGUACAGGUGCACAACCGGAAAGUGCCGCGCUCCCUGAGUUGCCCCCACGCCGCAACUCAAGCCAGGGCGGCGGCAGCCAGAGCGGCGUACGUGAGGCUUUUACAGCAGGCCAUUCCACCGGUCCAGGCGCCGUCUCGGAGCGCGAGCGGCGGCCCACAGUCUCGGCGGAACUGGACGCCGAGCGCCCCAUGUCGGCGCGGGCAGUGGCACACAUUUCAGCAUUAAAUGCACCAUUACCGUCUGCUGGUUCAGCGACAUGCUCUCUCGCUGCAGGAUAUGUAGCGCCAUCAGAGCCGGAGGUCAUUCGGCCAUUGGUUUCGGCAAACAAACAGCCCCACACCAGCUCACCCGUGGUGCUGCCGACGUUCCCACAACUAGGAUCGCCGAAGACUGCAAACACGGCCGGAGAUGGGAAGCCUGACCGUCGCUCUUCUAUGGGCGAAUCGGUGACUAAGACGCCGGCGGAGCUGCAGCGCCUUGACAGCCUGACGCGAAACUCAGCGCCUCACAAAUGGGAGAGCGACAUGGCUCCGCCGGUGGUCAUGGGCCGUUUGUCGCAAAGCAUCACAGCCGUUCGACCCGCUAGUGGGGCCCACCCCGGCAGCGGCCUCCCCGAGACUUCACCGUUGGACAGUUCCCGAACCAACGCAGCCCGGCCGGGCAGCGCCCGUCCCGGAUUUACAUUAUUGGUAUCGGAUGUUGAGCCAUCGGGCGUAACUAUAGCGGCAGAGCAGGCUAUGCCAUUUGAAGCGGAUACACAGGUGGUUGCCGGCAUGGAGACCCCGGUCGUGCGUGCACUGGAGACCCAGGAGUCAUGGCGCCCCAAGUCUCGCGCAGCAACCGGCUCGCGCCCUCCCAGCGGAGGUGUCCCCCACGCUGCUGCACCAGAGGACCAGGCCCCAGUCCAGGGCGUCGGAGGCAGCACAGCGGACCUGUCGCCCGGCUUCCCAAUCUCACCACCGCAGGAGGUAUACCGCCGUACAUCGUCCCCGCGUCAGCCGACUAUGAUGCUGCCGGGUGGUAUGAUGGAGUUUUCAGCAUCGCCAUCACUACUGCGCAGUGAGGUAGCCGCGAUGAUUGUGGCUGCAGGGAGCAACCAAGGCUUGGACAGUGUUGCGGCCGCAGUAAUGCAGGAGGAUCAGCAGCAGGGCAGCCCCCAUGCUGCCCGCACCCCGGCGGGGUUGCGGAGCGAUAGCAUGCGCUGGCAGGGCGGAGAGCAAAGCUGA